AUGUAUCUGGCACAUCACCACCUCCUCUGCAACAAACUUAUCUUACCCACCACCACCUCCUCUGCAACAAACAUAUCUGGCCCACCACCACCUCCUCUGGAAGUUCCCUACACUGAGUUUGCCAGCAGUGCAGGACUAAGCUUACUGGCUGAGAGUGCUCGGUUGAUGCUCUCAACCACUGAGCUGGCCCUGCGUGGCAGGUGGUUCAAGGCUCCAAAAGAGACUCCCAACAGACCCCAGGAUAUUAAGACCAGACAGAACAGUACAGAAUUCCCUAUGAAAUAUAGAGAGCUGCAGGGUUCAACAUCUAUAGAGAUCUUUGGGUUUCCUGAGUCUCUGGAGAGCUGCAGGGUACAGUACAAAGUCACAGAUUUUGCUGCUGAGUUCCUGGCAAACAUGGCCUAUCCGCACUCUCCUGACUUUUAUCGUUGCAUGGAGCAGCACAGGACAUCCUUGUUGCAGAAUGUGGAGAUCAAUGAAGAGCAACUUUCCAAAUCAUCCUCUGCUCACCAGGAAUCAAUCACCAGCCCUCAGGUACUCGCAGCAAUCGAGAAAAUUAUCCAGGGUGUGUUGGAGAGCCUUUCCAAAAACCAAGCCCCAGUACUCACACUGGACAACAGAUCAAGCUGGGGUAAUGUGGAGUUUAAUGAUGCAGUCGGAUUACAGAUGGUGAAACGUUGCACCACCUUAAAGGUGAAAAGUGACAGUCCAAGGUCUGCACAAAGGUUUGCCCUGAUAAUAAAGAUCCUCUCAGUCAUCCACAAACUGGUGCAAAGUAACACAUACGCCACCAAGAGGGAUAUAUAUUACAACGAUGUGCAGCUUUACGGCAGCCAGAUCGUGGUGGACAACAUAAUUAAUGAUGUUUCCUGUAUGCUGAAGAUCCCAAGAAUAAGCUUACAUGUUCUUACUACGUCUAAGGGAUGUCUUAGUGGAGAUUUGUGGUUUAUGGAGGAAGACGGAACAAGAGUGAACUGCAGUGGGAGUUCAACAGGAGUGCUGGUACCAUCUAACAUUGAAGGAAUCACAAACAUGCGCUCACAAGCAAAAUUUGUCCUGAUUAUCGAAAAGGAUGCAACGUUUCAGAGGCUUCUCGAUGACAAAUUCUGUACCAGGUUUGGACCAUGCAUUCUCAUCACGGGAAAGGGAUUUCCAGAUGUGAACACCAGGCGUUUAACACGGAAGCUGUGGGAUCAUUUUCAUAUUCCUAUUUUCACUCUCGUUGAUGCAGACCCACACGGCAUCGAAAUAAUGUGUAUCUGCAAGUACGGAUCUCUGUCCAUGUCAUUUGAGGCCCAUCACCUGACUGUGCCUUCUAUCUCGUGGCUUGGCGUGCUUCCAUCUGACAUAGAGAGGUUAAACAUUCCCUCUACUGCUCUGAUUCCAUUAACUGCUUUUGACCAAAGAAAAUUAUCCAGUCUUCUGAGGAGACCUUAUAUAACCUCCCAACCGCUGUGGAAGAGAGAGUUGGAAAUAAUGGCAGCAUGUAAAAUGAAGGCAGAAAUCCAAGCACUGAGCUGCCUUUCACCCACCUACCUUUCCAGAGUGUACCUACCCAAUAAAUUGCAAUACGGAGGCUGGAUCUGAUAACAUGGCUGCAGAAGUUGUUAUUUAGAAAGGAACAACUGACAACUUUUGUGUUUUAUGUAUCGGAACUGCAAUUGUGGCAUUUUUUUGCUUUAUUCUCUGAAGCUUCAGUUUCACACCUAAUUUCAAUGUUGUU